AUGUCAAAUCGUAACCUCAAUGGCAGCGUUAACGAGUCCCUUCCCGUCCUUGAGCGUGUGGAGGGCCAAGAAAGCCAGGCCGAGGCGGGAGGCGAAAAUAAUAACAGCAACAACUCGAAUGACCGCAGCCGCAAUAACCGCCGUCGCAACAGCGCUAAUGACCGCCGCCGCAAUAACUCCAAUUACCGCAGCCGCAACAACACCAGUGACGAUACCCCUCCGGGCCUUGAGCGCGUGGAGAGCCAGGAAAGCGGUGCCGAAGCGGAAGGAGAAAAUAGUAACUGGGAGGAGAAUAUCCCAAAUCAUGAAGAGGAUUUCCCCGACAACGAUGGCGAGGCGGAAUCGUUCCUUCAACCUAUGUGGUCAACACCCGAGCUGCUAGAUCAUACUGCAGAAACAUCUGGCUUGCCGAUGGAAGGGGUUGUUCUUGCUUGGCGCGGAAACAACACCGGGAAAUCAGUGAUAGUCGGAUAUGCGUGUGGCGGGUCCGUAACUGCACGAUUAAUCCCAGCGGCCCGGCGUCCUAUUCCCUCUCGAGCACCUAACAUAUCAGAAAAAAGCCUUGGUCGCCGAAAGGACGAUAUUCGGACCGAACGAGAUAUUAAAGCUUGGGGAAUCGUCGCAUGGCGGGUGGAUAAGAAGUCAGUCAGCCAGGACCCAAUAUCCUUAUUAAAACCGAUGACCGGAGCGUGGUAUCCAGAGACGUAUGUCUAUAUUCAUUGGUGGAGUGGAGAUGCGAGCUGGGAAUCGCGGCAUAAUCUUCGAUACGUUUGUGCUAGCAACCACCUGAAGACAGACAUGUUAAUCUACAAUGUGGCGAAGGAGCAAGAGGCCAAUUACCGCGAGGCACUUACAGGAGUAAGGCCAGAAUAUGCUCCGGCAAAUACCCGAAUGACAAAUGACCAUUGGAGAAAUGUGAAUGCAUAUCGAGGUGCACACUGGUUUCAGCCACGUGCUGAAGAAAACAGGCGCAUAACGAGCAUCAGAUAUGAACCGGUUAUCAACGAAGAAGAUAACUCUCAGGAAUUCGAUAGUGAUAUAGGUAUGGGAGAAGGUUCAAUUGUUAGCAGUGAUGCCUUCCGACAAGAAGAUGAAGAAGGAUAUUAUGAGGGCUCCAAUGAAGGAGAGGAGAGGGAACAUUUUGAGGGCGAAGAGGCGGUUCAGGAUGAUGGAGAACAACAAUAUGGGCAUAUGCCACGGCGUCAGCGUUAUUUAAGCCCUAUUGAUGAAGAAGACAGUGUUCCUGAGGGCAGGGUUUUCUUCACGCCUGAGGGUACCCCCACCCGAGCUCGAGGGCAUGGUGAAUCACAGCGAAGAUAUGGUAUUUUUACCCCAAGAGCGACCAGAUCACCUAGCUCUGGUCAUCUAUUCCAGGGGAAUAGAGGCCAGGCUCGGCGGACGCCAGAAACACCUGGCAACCAGCGUAUGCCGCGCUUCAACCAGGGCAACUCCGGCCGCUCCAAUCACUCAAACUGGGGCAAUGAGCAACGGAUACCACAAUCCAGCCAGGGCAGCCAACCCCAGGGCGAUCCGCGGCGACAGACACCGCACUCCAGCCGCUCCAAUCGCUCCAACCAGGACAAUCAAUGGCAGACACCGCACUCCAGUCGCUCCAAUCGCUCCAACCCGGAACACCAGCGGCAACGGAUACCACAAUCCAGCCAGGGCAGCCAACCUCAAGGUGACCAGCGGCGACAGACACCGCACUCCAGCCGCUCCAAUCGCUCCAACCAGGAACAUCAGUCGCAACGGACACCACAAUCCAGCCAGGGCAGCCAACCUCAAGGUGACCAGCCGCAACGGACACCGCACUCCAGCCGAUCCAAUCGCUCCAACCAAGGCGAUCAGCCACAACCGACACCGCGCUCCAGCCGAUCCAAUCGCUCCAACCAAGGCGAUCAGCCGCAACGGACACCGCACUCCAGCCGCUCCAGUCGCUCCAACCAGGAACAUCAGCGGCAACGGACACCACAAUCCAGCCAGGGCAGCCAAUCUCAGGGUGACCAGCGGCGACAGACACCGCACUCCAGCCGAUCCAAUCGCUCCAACCAAGGCGAUCAGCCACAACCGACACCGCACUCCAGCCGAUCCAAUCGCUCCAACCAAAGCGAUCAGCCGCAACGGACACCGCACUCCAGCCGCUCCAGUCGCUCCAACCAGGAACAUCAGCGGCAACGGACACCACAAUCCAGCCAGGGCAGCCAAUCUCAGGGUGACCAGCGGCGACAGACACCGCACUCCAGCCGCUCCAAUCGCUCCAACCAGGAACAUCAGUCGCAACGGACACCACAAUCCAGCCAGGGCAACCGCCCCAACCAAAGUAGCAUUUCCCUAUCUGAGGGAAACCAGAGUCAGCCCCAACAGCGACGCGGUCGUGGUCGACCCCGCCGCGGAAACCUCAGCAAUCCACCGAGCAACAUACCGACACGACGUAGCACUCGACAUACCCGAGCCCCAGGAGGGCCUUAG